AUGGCCUUCUGGUGUAUCAGCCACUCCUCCGAGCUUGGUAUCGUCAGCAAACUUGCUGAGAAUACUCAUGUUCUUGUGGAUAGUGCUGAUGUCCUCAGCUGUCAUGAUCUUAAAAAUAUUCAGAAGUAUCAGCUCCCUGUUUUAUGUGCAGAUUUCAUUUGGAAAUGAGUUGAAAAGGGGAAGCUUUUAUAUAUUGAUGCAUAUAAGGUUAAUAAAUCACAAGACGACACAUCUGACCAAAGACCAGACAGACAGGAUGGGAAAGGCCUCUCAUCUGCUGAAAAUAAAAAUGCCACAAAGAAAAAUGAAAACAGCGAUUCCAACCUUACUGUUGCUGAAGACAGUGAGAGAAGAACUGAGUCCAAAGUGGGGACUUUUAGAUUUUACAGUUAAUAUUAUCAAGAUACUCCUUUUUUCCCCAAAAAUUUUGAAGUUGCAAAAUAUUGUGUCGUUGAAAAAGUUAACUCCAAGAAAAACAAAGAUUUUGUAGUUAUUGAAUUACAGUGUUCCCAAAGCAUUUUAGCUUCUGUCUUGACUAUAUGACACUUCAGUGCAUCAAAUGGAACAAAGAAUAAUAAACAGUUCAUAACUCAUUCUGCUGAAGAAGUAAGAGAAAAAUAUGAGACACUUAUUACAGACACGAAGAGCCAGGAUUUCCUGCUCAGAGAAACUUUUCCACUAGAAGCAGAAUUUUUAGCAUCUACAAAAUUGCAAAAAUUACUUGUAGAAGAAGCCAUCCAUUCAAGUGCUAUAUGUCAGGAAGUUAGUGAUUUUGUGGAAUUGAUCUGGGCAGAAGCUAUUGGCCACCUGAAUAGUUUACUGCUUAAAUCAGUAAACAACAUAAGCCUAAAUGAUGUGAGCAAAGCAGAAGGUAUUUUACUCCAAGUAAAGAAUGCACUGGAUGAGGGAGCUGGCAAGGUGGCACUACAAGAGAUGAUAAUGGAAUUCUAUCCAGUUAUACAUCACAAAACUGAAGUAGACUAUGAAGUUUCCAAAAAGCUGUUAUCUAGAAAACAGGACCUUUGUCAGCUAAUCAGAGACAUGCUUGAUAUAUGUGAAACAAAUAUAUCAUGCUCAAACCCGUCAUCUUUGGCCAAAUGCCAGGCUCUGAGGUGCAAGAUUGAAGCUGUUGACUCAAUGGGUUAUCAAUUUCUCAAUGUUGAACAAGUGUUGAAAAACAAUUACAAAUCCUCUGUGGUUCGUAACUGCACAAUGUGUAUUAGGCCACACACUAUAUGCAAAAGUAUUUUGUACUACAUUCAUUGUGUGACCUUCUUUUUCUCUAGAGGACUCCUAAUGCCAAAAGUGGUUGCUGAAGAUCAUGGCCUGGAAAGAGCUGGCACUUGCAAUCUGGGCAUUGGCAUUUACCUCAGUGAUUCUGUUAGUGCCAGCAUUAAGUAUCCUUCACCCAGUGAAAUGGAUGGAACCUGGCUCCUGGCAGUCUGUGACGUGGCACCUGGAUCCUGCUUAGAUUUGCAUGAAUAAGACUAUCCAUUAAAUAACGUACCAUCAGGUUAUGGCAGUGUGUAUGGAGUCCGUAAAACAGCAGACAGCUCUUCAGACUUUGAGGAUGAUGAAUUUGUUGUGUAUAAGACCUGUCAGGUCAAAAUUAGAUAUGUUGUUAAGUUUUGCCUUGCUGAAGAUCAAAUAAAACCAUUUCAGCCUGCAAUUGGCAUGGAACUAGAGCAAGAUAACAAUGAGCCAGUGUCACAAUGUCAUUUACAGCAUGGGAGUAAGAAAUGUUCUCUCUAUGCAUUACCAAAUGCAAAUCUUUCAAAUCCUGUAAAAAUUGGUCUUCGGGACAGACUGGGAAAUCUUGUCCCUCUGGGAAGUGUUUAUAUCAAGGCUAGGAUAAUAGGCUAUGUAGCACAGCUAGUAAUGUUUCAGACCUACACCAAUCAAAACAGUAAACCAACUAAAGCAAAAUAUGUCUUUCCUUUGGAUGAUACAGCUGCCGUUUGUGGAUUUGAAGCUUUAAUCAAUGCAAAACACAUCACUGGAGAGGUUAAAGAAAAGAAACAAGCACAUGGGGAAUAUCGGAAAGCUAUCAGUCAAGGUGAUGGAGCUUAUCUACCGGACCAGGAUGCACCGGAUAUUUUUGUAAUAUGUAUUGGAAACUUAUCUCCAAAUUCUACAGCUGUGAUCAAAAUCACCUCUAACACUGAACUGAGUUUCCAGCAUCUUUGUAUCACCUUUCAUAUGCCUGCUUCUCUGUCACCAUGGCAACAGAACAAAGCAUUAAAUGAAAAGAUGCAGAGCCAGGUAUCUAGAAUAUUUUCUCCAGGAUGCAGCUCCGUUUCUAUUAAAUGGCAACAGUUUAAUACAUGUGCACCAGAGCCAAUGCAGGCUGCUGCUCAAAUAUAGUCUUUCUUUAAAAAUGAGAGACUUCUUGUCUAUGGAUUCAUCCCUCACUGUACCCAGGCCACCUUAAGAGCAGUAAUAAAUGACCAAGAACUACAGACUGUGGUGUCAACUACGGAACUACAGAAGACAACAGGAACAGUCCUGCACAAACUUGCAGCAAGAGCUUUUAUUAAUGACUAUGAAGAUGGGAUUCUUCAUAAGAAUGAAACAGACAUGAGGUUUGAUAAUCUGAAAUUAAAAAUAAGCCAGUUUACAAGCUUUGUUGCGGUUGAGAAAAGGGAUCCUAAUGAAACUUGUUCUGCUGAUGCUCCAAACAUCCUGGAAAUUAUAGCCCAGGAAGAUGUAGAUUUUUUACCUUACAUGGACUGGGACCAAAAUUGUGGUGCUGCAUGUUCCACAGCAGUAGAUGGUAUCAAUUCAGCUGAUUUCCUAAGAGAGAAAGGUGAAACUGAAACCCUCUAAUUUCAACCUGAAGAAGUUCCUGUUAGUCAGAAGAGCCUCUCACCAAAAAGCAUGGCACAGGGAUUUGUAAAUGGUUCUGAAUUUGAAACUUAUAGAAAAGAAGCAUUCCCAUGGUCAAGGUGUAAGGAAAAGGCAGCACAUCACCCUGAUGUUACAGCUCCUCAAGAAGGAUUUACUGAGGAGUUUAAGGCUGUGGAACAAUUAAGGCGCUUUAUAACAAUGAAGAAGGAAAGGAUUCAACAGAGAAUUAGGUUGACUUCUGUAAACUGGAAAUAAAUUUUUGCACUCCAAAAUCAGUCUUCAACACCGAUGGUGGGCUCAGAGACCCCACAGAGCCCUGGGCUAGAGAACCAUGACUGUGGGAAUGAUGAACUCCUGAUCAACCCUGAACUUGUGCAGGAAUUGCUGCUCCAGCUAGGUCCCUGUAUGUUGAUGUGGACAGAUGGGAUUCAUGUGAGGGACGAGCCAGGCCCACCCGGGCGCCGCACCUCCGAGGGUCAGCAGCGCGAACGCGCCGCCGAGCGCCUCCCGCCGCCGCUCACCGCCUCCCUCCUCGAGACACGGGCUGCAGGCUGGGCCCCGAAACCUUGCGGGGGCCCCGAGCGGGGGUUCGGUCACGCUCUCCAGGAAGGGGCCGCCGGGGCAGCGCGCAGACAGGGAGCCCUAGCCACCACCCGGCGCUCGGUCCUCGCCGGCGGGGCCGGGGCGGCCGCUAGCCGCUGUGCCCAGACACGCCUCCGCCAGCAUUGGCGGGCGACAGCAGAGCCGAGUCGGAGAGGGGCGGCCCCGGGGUCUCGGCUCCCGCCGCCCAGCUCCGAGGCGGGCAGUCGAGCCGUCGGGCCGGGGGUCGGCCCGCCCGGGGGCCACCGGCGCCGCCGCCGUCACGGGGCGGGCCCGGCGGGAGCCCGCGGCUACCGGCAAGGAGCCGCCCCGCCCAUUGGCCGCCGGCUGGCUGGGCUCGGGGCCCCGCCCCUGCGCGUCACGGGUUGGAGGGGCGGUGAUUGGCUGCGGCCGCCGCCUCGCUGCCUCCUGGCCCGGCGGUGGAUGUCGCAACCGCUUUUCACCGUUGUCGUUUGA